AUGGCGGUCGGUCCAAGUUCAAAUUCUGAAGAGUCCGAAAAUGAAAUUAAUUCGGCGAUUCGACGGCAAUGUAAUCGAUGGAUGCAUGAGUAUAUGGCAUUUUCUGCUUGGGAAACAUUCAUAGAACACGACACCGUCGAAACAAGCACAAAAAAUAUCAUAUGGGGUUUGCACCAGGGUGACUUGUUGGACCAAGAACUUAUCCAUGGUCAAGUUCAGCUUUUAACUCUCAUCUGCACUAUCUCCACUAAUACUGAUGGAUGGGAAAGAUGGAUAGAAGAAGAGGGUGUCCUACCCUUGGAAAAAAGUGCGGACAUAGUUCGUGAGCUUGUUGAGGAAUAUUCUGUUCUCGCUGAGGACAAUGCAGAAGUGGCAAGGGAAACUGAAAUUCAGGCUGUGCUGGAGUGUUGUCGGGUGCGUCAGUUCAGACUGGCACGAGAUGUUCUUACACGAAUUUGGAAACGUGGACGGGGAGACAUGGAAAAGGACACUUACCGCCGUCUUAUGUCUAUUGUCGAGAACAGGAGCAUGAAAGAUCAAUUUGUGGGAGAGCAUUUGUAUGACAACUAUCUGAUGCAAGUGAAACAACACCUUGGCAAGGCAUUCGCUUCAAUGGAUCAACCUUGGCUUAAGAUCAGUGCAGAGUGUUGUCUGCGGAGGUUGGCAGCACCAGCGGAAAGACAACCGAAGUCUCCCGAGAAGCCAAAUGAACAUGGUAGUGACUCCUGGCCAAGAAAAGGAAGGAUUCCUGCACGAUUCAUCAAGCCAAAUAAUUUACACAUUGCUAGCCAAGAUGUGGAAAAUAUUCGAGAGUUUGUUCGAGGGAACAAGGAUGGCGCAGAUGUCGGAGCAGCAAAAUCAAAUGUGACAGUUGUUCAGAGAGAAAUGAGGAACCGUAUUAACCGUAAAAAAGCCAGCACACGAAAAAAGUCAGCAAGUCGAAAGCAGACAACCAGGAGGCAAAACUCUAACAAUAACAACAAAAAUAUUAUUCAGGAACUAGACAAAGCAAUUAAUAGAUUGGACUGCAUGAAGCAGCAGCGCCUUGACUCAGAGAUGGCCUUCAUAAAGGAGCGUCUUCCUACCGGAGCGCAGAGCCAGACUGGGCACAUUUUGUUAGAUGUGGAGGAUGAAAGUGGCGAGUCUGACGGGCCUCCUUCUAAACGAAUCAAACCUCUACCUGAAAUGCCAAAACAGAACCUCAAGAAUCUUCAGAUCCAACUUAGUCCUCGGCAACCAAGGGUGAGGCUACGGAGAAAGGGUUUUUGGACCGAAGAAGAGACAGACAAACUUCGCAAAGGCGUGGAAACUCUUGGCGUAGGACACUGGGCAGAAAUAAAGGAAAUGUACAAGUUGCAUAAUCGAACGUCGGUUAACUUAAAAGAUCGAUGGCGCAACAUUUGCAAUGUGCAGAAACAACAAUAAUGAAAAUGAUGUUAUUGCGAGUUUGCAGUUUUUGUGAUCUGUGCACUCCUGUAUGUGUUUUUCUGUGUUAGGAUUUCGGAUUAAGGCUUUUUAGUCUUAUUGGAAUACAACCUGUUGGUUGAAUGCUCUGGCAAAAAAACCAUGAACACUUUCAACUUUUUUUCAUCAUAGAGAGACUAAUGCUGAAGUUACAACGAAAUACGAAAAAAAAAUUUCUUGUCAAUGGUUGGAGAAGAUUUGGAAAAUAAUUGUGGGGUUUGCUGUAAAGAGGAAUGAUGCAUUGUUAUUUUGUAAUGAGCCAAGAUUGCAUUAAAUUUUAUAAA